AUGAUUACCAGGAAGUUGGCCGAGUUUGGAUAUCAUCGAAGCGCCAAGAAAUGCAAAGAGAAGUUUGAGAAUGUGUACAAGUACCACAAGCGCACCAAGGAUGUCCGUACGAGCAAACAGGAAGGCAAAAACUAUCGCUUCUUCGAGCAAUUAGCCGCCUUCGAAUCCCAGCCUCCCGCCGGAGCCACUCCCACUCCUCCACCGCCGCAUCCGGCCGCAACGACAAUGCCAGCCUUCAAUCCACCUCCUCCACCGCAGGCUCAGCCCGCCGCCUUCGUCACCAUGGCUCAUCACAUUACAACUGUUCCAUCGACAACUGUUCCUCCGCCGGUGGUUGCACCACCAACUUCAACAUCGUCCGAAGUGGAGCUCCACCCCGACGGCCGGCACAAGCGGAAGCGGAAGGACUUCUUCGAGCGGCUGAUGACGGAAGUGGUCCACAAGCAGGAAGAGAUGCAGCGGAAGUUUCUAGAAGCCAUCGAGAAGCGGGAGCACGAACGAAUGGCGCGUGAGGAGUCGUGGCGAAUGCAAGAAAUGUCCCGGAUAAAUCGGGAGCGCGAGAUCCUUGCUCAGGAGCGGUCCAUCGCCGCCGCCAAAGAUGCCGCCGUGAUGUCGUUCCUCCAGAAGCUCUCCGACCAGCAAAACUCCGAAAAAUUUCGUUCUCCACCUGCGCAUGUGCUUCGAAUUGCCAUUACUGCCUGA